AGAAAAUCAGUUCCUGUUCGACUGGCACCAAGAAAAUACAUCAGCAGUAGCAGCGGAGGUAGACACACUAUCAGUAAUAAAAAGUGGCAGUAGUAGUAGGCAGUGUUAAGUGAAGUGAAAAAUAUAUGCAGUUGAUAAAGGAUCGCUAUUAUUCGAACUGAAUUAGGCCCGUAUUGUGAGGGGUUCACACAAACACAGGUUCUAUUCUGGGCCUUUGGCAAUUUGGAACAUGAUUCAUGUGGUCGAUUCUGGGGAUGGAUAAAAGUUGGAACACAUUGAGCGAGCCGUCAUUUUUUCGUCGUCAUUUAAAUUAUUUUCUUCAGUAAGAGAACCCAUAUCAGUAGAGCAAAAGGGGUUGAGGUAAGGAAGGAUAGCUGGGCAGAAAGGGAAAAUCAUCUUGCGAGUUUAGCGUGUGUGUGCGAGCGAGAAGGUGUGUACGAAAAAAAAGUUAACAAAGGAAAGUGUCGAAGAUCUCGAGCUGUGUGCUAAACUAGACAGCAGAAACCAGCAAAAGUACGAGAAAGGGGCAAAGCAGGGAGACGUGUGUUCUCUUUUGCUUUUUUUUCAUCAUCAAAUGGCUGACAGCAGUGUGAAUGCAAAGUGUAGUGAUGGUGUUUCGUAUUUUGAUAGCUCGCUAAAGGAAAAAAUGACUUCACACAACAAUCCGUCGAACAGCUCGUCGUCAAAUUCUGGAGGCAUUGGAGGCGCUUCUGCAGGGACAUCCGGUGGCCAAACGACGAUGGUCGAUCGACUGAAGAUGCUCUAUCCGAACGUGAACGAGGCCGUCGAUCCGCUGCCCCGUUCCUGGAGCUCCCAAGACAAGUGCACGACCAUCGGACUGACCCAGAAUAAUUUACGUGUUCAUUACAAAGGAGUUGGUAAAUCACACACAGACGCAGCAUCGGUGCGUACGCCAUAUCCAAUUCCUGCCGCAUGCGGACUAUACUAUUUCGAGGUGAAGAUAAUCUCCAAAGGUCGCGAUGGCUACAUGGGCAUCGGGUUGACCGCACAUCCGCACUUCAAAAUGAAUCGGUUACCAGGUUGGGAUAAGCAGUCCUACGGGUACCACGGUGACGACGGCAAUUCGUUUUGCUCCUCCGGUAAUGGACAACCGUACGGGCCCACCUUUACCACCGGUGAUAUUAUAGGUUGUGGUGUAAAUUUAGUCGAUAAUCACUGUUUCUACACUAAGAACGGCCACCAUCUAGGAAUAGCUUUCAGAGAUUUACCGCCACGGUUAUAUCCCACAGUGGGACUGCAAACGCCCGGCGAAGUGGUGGACGCCAACUUCGGCCAGGAGCCUUUCAAGUUCGACAUCGAAGACAUGCUGAAGGAGCUGCGAGCGGCCACCAAAGCAACCAUCUAUAACUUUCCCCUGCCGGACGAUCAGGGCGACUGGACUGUGAUCUUGCACAAAAUGGUCUCCUCGUAUCUAGUGCACCACGGCUACAGCUCGACGGCGGACAUGUUCGUCCGGACCACCGGGCAGUCACUGCAGGAGGACAUGGUGUCGAUAAAAAAUCGACAAAAAAUAAUCAAACUAGUGCUAUCGGGGCGCAUGGGCCAAGCAAUCGAGCAAACGGUACACUUAUAUCCGGGCCUGCUGGAAUCGAAUCAAAAUUUGCUAUUCAUGCUCAAAUGUAGGCAGUUUAUCGAGAUGGUGAAUGGAUCUGAUUUUGACCUUGGCGGUUCAACUCACACGAGUCCAGUGCAAACGUCGGUGAUACAGUCGACGAAAAGUUUUCAAAACGGAAACACAGUCAUCCCGGAUAGCGCAGACAAUCAGGGUUUUAGUAAAAAUAACGUCCUUAGUAAUAACGGAACGUGUAUUGAAGACGAUUACUCCAACGACGUGGAGAUGGAGAAUGGCCAUACGAAUAAUGUAAACUCGAACGGCUACAAAAAUGGGACCUCCAACAAUAACAUGAACGAUUCGCUCGAAGACGAUGAGGACGACGAAGACGGUAAGGACGAAGAUAUGGAUGUAGAUCCAUCGCUAUCACCAAACUGCAAGUCGACUAGCGCUGCCGGUGCAGCACGGUCCGGAGUCGAACGGAUGUUGGCGUUUGGAAGAGAACUAUUCCAGAUGAGCCAACGACUGGAAAAAGAGCAAGGGGUUAACGAAACCAAUCAGAAAAUGUUAGAGGAUGCAUUUAGUUUAUUAGCCUAUUCAAAUCCUUGGUCGAGCCCGCUGGGCUGGCAGCUGUGUCCGUCGCGUCGGGAGUCUGUAUGUGCUGCCCUAAAUUCUGCCAUAUUAGAAUCAAUGAGCUACUCGUGGCGGCCACCACUAGAAGUGUGUAUAGCGCACGCCUGCGAAUUGCUCCGCCUGAUGUCCAGCUCAUCCCUCGGUGCGUGCGCCUUCGUUAGUGUGGAGGACGUUCUCACGCAACAGCAGCAUCAUUGACUACAGCUGUUUCUUCAGCUGUCCUCUUAUUUCAACGUCUAAAUUCUCGGCUGCGCCAAAAACACAGAAUACAAGCACAGCUCUAUCGCGCAUCUGCACUGCUGUGUUUCGCGUGCACUGUUCCUGCUGCUUCAUCUAGUUUUGUCCAGCCACAUUUGGAGGUAUUACUUCUCUCUCUCACUCUCUUCGCCACCGGUUCCUUUCCAGCGCCGUUCUUUUCUUCCGUCGUCGAAUAUUUUGAGGGCAAAUCAUCAGCGCUAGUGAACUUCUGCUUUAAUCGUUAAUGUUUGCGGUUAUUUUAUUUAUUUUUGCUAUGCGUGUUUGAGUUUGCCUGAACUUUAUGUUCAAUUUUGUGAUGGUUUCCUGCUGGUGGCUUUUUGCUUUUCGCAGCACCACUUGACAGCUAAACCUUUCAGCAGUAGCAGUGGUAGUAUUUGGUACCAUGAAGGUUUGAAGCAGAGUUGAAUCAUAUUCUUCUCCUCGUGCUGUUAUAGCAAACAGAGCAAAAAGGAAGUGGAACGUUCGUGUAUACUGGUUUCCUAAUAUUUUUUAUCAAACACUGCUUUCUUUUGUUUUAAUUAUAUUUUAGUUCAUCUUGAGUUUGUUUGAAUUUAGAGUAAAGUCUUUAAGGAUCAUGCAUACCACAUAAGAAUAUUAUGAAGGAUGUAGAAUAUGGAUAAACAGUAAAUUGGAAAACGCAUUGAACAAGAGCGAUUGAUUACGGUUUAUGCCUGAGAGCAAGCUUGACUGCGGGUGGCGCAUAGCAUUCGCAUUACACCAGAACAGGGUUUGAAAUGCUCGAAACAGUAAAUUUCAUGCAACAGAAACCUUUUUCAUUAUGCUGGGCCUAAGUAAUGCAUACAAUCGCAAUUGGUUUGUAUGAUGAUACAGUCAAUAAAACAUUACGAUCAUAGUGUACUGUAAAAAUAAUAGUAGUUAAGAAAAACAAUUACCCAGUUUUUAUUUACACUGAAAAUCAACAAAACUGAUACGCUGUUUUGAUAACGUAUCACUUGAGGUUACUACAAAUGCGAUAUUUUUGGCUCAACUUGUGCUAAAAUUUACAAAUUGUGAAGUUUCAAAUUCAGCAGGCAUUUUAUACCUUGUUCUGCUCUGCUGGGAAAUCUUUAGGAUUUACUCCGCAGCAACCAUGUGCCACCCCGAGAGUCGCAAUAAGACGGACAUAAACACUUACACUCGAACUCAUGCACACAGCAGGUGUUGAGAAACAAAAAUCAAGCAACUAAAAAGUAAGGAUAGGUGGUAAGUGAUGAUGACAAAGAUAAAAAAAAAUCGAUUUAACAAAUCUAUACAUAAUGAAAUAUUUACAAGUAAAGAAUGGAAUACAGUUGAUCAAGUGAGUGUUACUUGUUAGCAAAGUUUUAGUUUAAUUUUUGUUUUCGGGUUUUUCAUUCUGCUCAUAGCUUAAGGUUUUCUUGAUAUCUUUGUGUAAGUAGGUACCAGUUGCUACCGUUGGGCCUUGUAAUGAUUUUAACUAGAGCUCGGUAAAUUUAUAGACCUCACGCGAACCAGCAGGACGAUAUUGCAUGACAUUUUCUCGAGUUGGUUUGCGUAAUGAUCAUAGCCGGAAUUUGUCGAUAACUGCAGGAACUAAGUUCCAAAACAUGUGAUAAAUUUUGUGGGUAAAAUUGAAAAAAAUUUUAUUUGUGUCUAACCGGCUGUUAGAGUUCGAGGGUUUGUCAUGCAAACUCGACCCAGUUAACUUUAAAAAAGAGAACGCUUCGUACAGGUCCAAACUUUAUUCAUUGCGCACACGAGCGCCAGCAAAUCGUUUCAAGCCGAGGAUUGUAAUGAAUAUUUGUCUCUCUUUCGAUCUAAAUUUAGUUAAAUGACUAUUUCGAAUCUAAAAUCAAGUUUCAAAUAUUCAUACCCAGCCCCAGACAUGUACAGUUAAUGAAGCGACGAACCACUUCGGAAGCCUGAGGAUUGCAAACUAUCUCGCCAUUUCAACCGAACGGAUGUGCGUCUUCCAGGAGAAUUGUUCUUGAACCCUUCUACCCCCUGCUGCAUUCCUAACGAACUGGUGUACGAUUUUUCCCUUGGUUCUUGAAUAAGCAGCGGCCACCAGUUGAGAAGUUUCGCUUCAAGCUUAUUUGCAUUGAGACUCAAUUUCAGCGCCUAAUUUGAACAACCGCAAUUAACACAUAAAUUUACGUAUGCUCCAACCUAAACCAAGCGGAAAUAGUGUUCAAUCUUGUAUAAAGUGUCUAUCUUUGUACCCCAAUCGCGUCGUGUUCCGGACCGGUUUUCACACCAUCGCGACGCUUCGUGAAGUACUGUUUUGCCCUCUAGUGUAGGAAGCUAAACAAUAAACAUAAAAGAAAAACAAACCAAUUUGAAUGAUUUCGUUUGCACUUUACUCGUACGCAAAUCGCAAAAUAGAGAAAACAAAAAUGCAUUCGUCUGAGUAAUGAAUACCAGAAGAAGCAAAAGCAAAACGUAGUUUGAAGAUUGAUAAUAAUGUAAGCAAAACUGUAUAAAGAAGCUACAAUUGUUUGAAAGCAACAAAUAUAAUACUAGAAAGUAUGCAGCUAAAAAGGAUGAGUAAUAAAAAACCCAACCCUCUUAUGUAAUAGCGUUACCGAGCGUAGCGGAAAAUAAGUAAUCAAUAAAAGUGCGUAGAGAGAAUUCAUACAUAAACACAACACGCCACCACACUCGUAUAAUGAAGCAAAACAAUACAAUUAAAGGAUUAACGAUAAAUAAUUUUUAAUGUUAAGUUCGAAAUAUAUAUAUUUAAAAGCUAAGUUUUGUGAAAUUACUGUGAAUAUCGACGCUAAAACUGAAAAAAAAAAUUAAGAAGCAAACAGAUGAUGAGAAAUAAUAAAAGUUUUAAUUUUAAAAACAAA